AUGGCUGAAAAUAACUCAAAAAAAAUACUAGCUUUGUCCGAAAUUGUCAACACUCAACAACGACGAUUAACAGUUCAAAACUACUGUCUGAUUUGGUUAGAUCCCAAUAUUGAUAAAUGCAAGAAUGAAUUUCCAAAUAUCUACGAACAACUUCGAAAUAUCGUUAGUGAUAUUAAUAUUUUCACUGACGUUGAUCAAUGUGUUGAUUUUCUUACCGAUAUCGAUCACCAUAAAGUAUUUAUGAUUAUUUCAGGAAUGUUGGUUGAAUGUAUAAUGCCGAAUAUUCAUGAAACACUUUUAUUGGAUUCUAUAUAUAUAUUUGGUGAUAAAAAAGUCAUGGAUCAAGAAUGGGUCAAAAAAUGGCCAAAAAUCAAGAGUAUACACACAGAAAUUACAUCUAUCUGUGAAGCUUUACAGCAAGCUGCAAAACAAUGUGAUCAAAAUUUAAUUCCACUCAGUUUUAUUCCAAAUAAUCAAGGAACAAUUAAUGAGAACUUAGAUCAAUUAGAACCAUUAUUCAUGUAUACACAAAUUUUUAAAGAGAUUUUACUCGAAAUGGAUUAUAAUCAACAAUCAAUUAAUGAUUUUACAGCUUACUGUCGCAAUGGUGACUAUGGAUCAUUGAGUAAUAUUAGUAAAUUCGAGAGCGAAUAUUGCUCAACUGCUGCCAUUUUGUGGUAUACUUAUCCAGCAUUUAUAUUUUCUAUGUUGAAUCGGGCACUUCGUCUUAUGGAAGCUGACAGAAUCAUUAAGAUGGGCUUCUUUGUUCGUGAUCUUCAUUAUCAAAUUCAAGAACUGUAUCAUCUACAAUACGAUAAUCAUCAUGGAGAAUUACUGAUAGUGUAUCGAGGACAAGGUUUAUCCAAGAUAGAUUUCGAAAAAUUGGUGAAGACAAAAGGUGGACUUAUCUCAUUUAACUUUUUCCUAUCUACAAGUGAGAAUCGUGAAAUUGCAAACGGAUUUGCUGAAAUUGCUCUAACGGAUCCUAAUUUGAUUGGAAUUCUCUUUAAAAUGACUAUCGAUACAUCUGUUUCGUCAGCCCCAUUCGCUGCUAUUGAUAAUGUUAGUUACUUCAAAAACGAACAAGAAAUUCUUUUCUCGAUGCAUACUAUUUUUCGAAUUGUUGACAUCGUUAGUAUAAAUGGAAAUAAUCGACUUUAUCAAGUAGAAUUAAGAUUAACUGCUGAUGAAGAUCAAGAACUUCAAACACUUACAGAAUACUUACGAAAUCAAACUAGUGCAUUAACAGCAUUGGAACGGUUAACUAAAUUGUUAGUUAGUAUAGGUCAAUAUGAAAAAGCCGAGGACUUUUUUAAAAAUUCUCAAGCACUUUCAUUUAAUUAUAAAGCACUUGAAAUUUAUCAAAAAACUUUUUCUCCAAAUCAUCCUGUGCUGGCUACUGUCUACAAUAAUAUAGGUAGAGUGUAUCAAGAUAAAGGAAUUAAUUCGGAAGCACUUUCAUUUUUUGAAAAAGCAUUGGAAAUUCGAGAAAAAACACUUCCUUCAUAUCAUCUUGAUUUGGCAAAAUCCUACAAUAACAUUGCUAGUGUUCAUUACCAUAUAGGCAAUUACACCAAAGCACUCUCUUUUCUUGAACGUGCGCUAGAUAUCAGUCAACGAUUAUUACCUACAAAUCAUCCUCAUCUUCAAUAUGUGCGAACAGGUAUUGAAAUGGUAAAAGAGAAAUUAUAA